AUGGCGACCCUCUCGAUGAACACGAACUCGGUUUUCCACGUUCCGCCACCUACUUCCUCCGCACUGCUCAACAACGAGCCCGCCCUGCAAGUGAAUGACCAGGACCUCACGAUCAUGACUGUCAAAGGACAGUACUACUGGCACGUGCAUGCGUCCAGCGACGAGAUGUUCUACGUCAUGGAUGGCGACCUCACCCUGCAAAUGCGACCGGUUCGUCAAGAGGGCGAGCCGGAGCGUGCCGAGGACGACGCGGAUCGCACGAUCCAGUUGACGAAGGGCGAUAUCUUCGUCGUGCCGAAGAAUACGGAGCACCGGUCCGGAUCGAAGGAGGGAGCGCAGGUCAUGUUCCUCCUCCGCCAGGGGAGUCUUGACUUUAUGAGCGACGAUAAGGUGGAGGAGGGAGGGAAGAUUACGGGUCACGGGGAGUAG